ACCAACGAUUGGACAAUAGGGGUGACUUGAACAAAAUUGUAAUAAAGGGUUGGAAUUUGGGUUGAGGAUUGGUUAGAAAACAAAAAUUUCAGCUUGAAAGUUGAGAAUACAAUUCCGGAUUUGGCGCGAGGGGUCAAUGAAUCGAAUCGGCUUGGAAGGGGUGCUGUUGAAUGCGAAGAAUUCGAUCACAACAGUUGAUGAACAGCAUCCAUUUCCCGACCCCUGUUCAAUCAUCUCAUAAGGGCUUUUCGGCGUAUUCCAAAUAGCGGAGGAGAAGUUCAGAUUUCCUUUCUUUUCUCUCUACUUUUCUUCAGUUUCUUUAUUCGACCAUGGCCGGGGAACUUAUAUUUGAAAUACCCAUUACAUGGGAGCUUCGUGUUCAUUGUUCUAAUCAAACAAUGUGUUUGAUGUGGAUCUUCCAGGAAAGGUGCUGCUGCAGAAUCUGAUACGUUGUUUCGUCUGUGCAAUGGCUCAACAACGCAGAGUUGUGAUACAGAACAAUCAUGGUGAGAAGCUUGUAGGAAUCUUGCAUGAUACGGGGUCAGACGAGCUUGUUAUUGUCUGCCAUGGAUUUCAGUCCUCGAAGGAGCGCAUUCCUAUGGUGAACCUCGCUGCUGCUUUUGAUAGAGAAGGGAUCAGUGUUUUCCGCUUUGACUUUGCUGGAAAUGGAGAAAGUGAAGGUUUGUUUCAAUAUGGCAACUAUCGCAGAGAGGCUGACGAUUUACGUGCUGUAGUGCAACAUUUCCGUGGUAAUGAACAUACCAUAACCGCAAUAAUUGGACACAGUAAAGGGGGGAAUGUUGUUCUUUUGUAUGCUUCAAAGUAUGGCGACAUUCAUAUAGUUGUUAAUAUAUCUGGUCGAUUUAACCUUGAAAGAGGGAUUGAAGGUCGCUUAGGUAGAGAUUUUUUACAAAGAAUUAAGCAAGAAGGAUUUAUUGAUGUCAAGAAUAGAAGAGGGAAGUUUGAGUAUCGUGUCACUGAAGAAAGUUUGAUGGACCGACUAACUACUGAUGUUCGUGCAUCAUGCUUAUCAAUUCAUGGUGACUGUAGGGUGAUGACGGUUCAUGGAUCAAUGGAUGAAAUUGUACCUGCUGAUGAUGCUCUUGAGUUUUCCAAGUCAAUAGCAAAUCAUGAUCUUUGCAUCAUAGAACGAGCUGAUCAUGAUUAUACUUCUCACCAAGGUGAAUUGGCUUCUGUUGUUGUGAACUUUGUUAAAGAAAAUCUUCAUCUGCACAAAGAUAUGUCCAAGCUGCAGCUCUGCAGAAUGCCUGAUAAAGGUGGUCGUUCUCGGUUAUAAUUCUAUUUCGAGAAGAUCAAACGGAACCUUCCCUUGCUUGUAAACAUUGUUUUUAGAUUCUGAUGAAUUACAUAGACAUGUUUUCCGAGUUUUAGUA